GUACUAGUAUGGUCUGCUUUCAGUAUCAGCUCACAGCAGCCUGCUUUGCUGUGUUAGCGGUCCUAACCACUCAGGCUUUCUGCUCUCCUGUCCAGCCGAGUCCCGUUCAUGAUCUCUUACCAAGGCAAACAAUAAUCCCCGGCGGCAAGCCAUGUGGUCAGAACAAUGCCACGAAUAGGGGUUGCUGGAAAAACAACUGGAACAUCACCACCGACUAUGAAGUCGACACGCCCCCUGCGUUCAACACCAGAGUGUAUGACCUCCACAUCACCAAUGUAACGAACUGGCUCGGCCCUGACGGGGUUCGGAAGCCUGCCAUGCUUAUAAACGGCUCAUUUCCUGGUCCUACAAUCUCAGCCGACUGGGGCGACUACAUUAUUGUUAAUGUCCACAACGACAUGCAAGACAAUGGAACGUCAAUCCAUUGGCAUGGAAUCCGUCAGCUUGGCGAGAGCAACCAGGACGGCGCAAACGGCGUGACCGAAUGCCCCAUUCCUCCCGGAUCCAGCAAAACCUACGACUUCCACGUGACGCAGUACGGCACCUCAUGGUACCACAGCCACUACUCCAACCAGUACGGCAAUGGGGUCGUCGGUGCCCUGAUCGUGCGCGGCCCGGCAUCAGCCAACUACGACAUCGACCUCGGUCCCUACCUGAUCAGCGACUACUACUACGAAACCGCCGACCGCCUCCAUCUCCGAGCCGAGCUGGUCAGCAACGGGCCGCCGCCAGACAGCGACAACAUCCUGUUCCGCGGCAAAAACAUCAACCCAAAACGUCCCGGCAGCGGCUCCUACGACCGCCUCGUCCUGACCCCCGGCAAGAAACAUCUGAUCCGGCUGAUCAACGCCAGCGUGGACAACUCCUUCGUCAUCUCCCUCGUCGGCCACAACUUCACCGUCAUCUCCACCGACAUGGUUCCCAUCACCCCUGUCGUGCGCAGCUCCUUAUUCAUGGGCGUUGGCCAGCGGUACGAUGUCAUUGUCGAAGCUAACCAGCCCGUGGGCAACUACUGGCUCAACGCGACGCUCGAGGCCCAGAACAACUGCGGGCAUUCGGUCAACCCCUUCCCGGCGGCUAUUGUCCAGUACGCGGGCGCCAGCUCCACCGCCCUGCCGACAAACCGCGGGACGCCCCUGACGGCGACAUGCAAUGGCGAGAAAGGGUUUUCGCCCAUUGUUAAGCGGACAGUUUCAAGUUCCCUGUUCCAGCCGUCUACCCUGCCAGUCAGCCUUGAAUUCCCCACUACAGACCGCGGGCAGGUAUUUGAGUGGCGGGUUAAGAACACGCCUAUCAGCGUGGAAUGGGAACACCCCGUGCUGGAGUACGUUUUUCAGGGCAACACCUCCUUCCCGGCGAAGGCCAAUCUCAUUGAAGUCCCGCAGGCAAAUGUCUGGACGUUCUGGGUGAUUCAGAAUGGAUUCGGGCUGCCGCACCCGAUUCACCUGCACGGCCAUGAUUUCCUGGUGCUUGGGGUUGGUAACGGGACUUUUGACCCGACCUCUAUGAGGGGCUUGUUGAAUUUCAAUAAUCCUGUCCGUAGGGAUGUCGAGCAGAUGCCUGGCAAUGGGUGGCUGGUGAUUGCGUUCAAGACGGAUAACCCGGGCUGUUGGUUGAUGCACUGCCAUAUUGGUUGGCAUGUGGCGAUGGGGCUGGGGAUACAGUUUCUUGAGAGGAGGAGCGAUAUCCUCGCGCUCAUGAAGCUGGAUCAGAUGGUGCCCAAUUGUGAGGCUUGGAGGGCCUAUGCAAGGACGAGUCCAUAUCUGCCAAAGCUUGAUUCGGGGCUGAAAAGGGGGGUGGAGAUGAGGGAGGGGAUGGAGCCGGCUGUGAGGCGGAUUGGUUAG